UCGCUCUUUUCGAAGUUUCUACCCAACGGCAAAAACCACAUGUCUUCUCGGUCGCACGAGAUUUUUUAAAAAUUUACACUGAAAUAUGGUGAAAAGUGUUGUGAAAGUGUACCCAAGUGACAACUGAACAAAGCAUCCACAGUUUUUGGUAAAGGAUUAGUGCUAAAUCGUGACAGAAAGUUCAAAAAAUCACUUGAAAGAUUUUUCCCAAUUGACAAACGCAAGAAGAAGAUUUUGUCAUUUCCUUGCACACGAGUAUUCGUUUACUCUUGUCGUCGUUUACGUUUGCUAUUGACAUUCUUCGAGUUGUCAAAUUACGUAUUGUUUCGCCAUACUACGUUUUGAUACGUUCGUUCGUCGUAUGCGUUUUCAAUCGAGUUUCCCCUCCGCAAUAACAACAAUAUUUGUGUAAACUUUACCCGACGUUUGUUGUGCCCUCUCUCCCUUGCUCUUGAAGUGUCCGAAAGGAGACAAGACCACGGAAAAAAGGAGAAACCUAAGUGUGAGUGAGUGUGUGCGCGCAAAAAAAGAAUAAGAAAACGUAAAAUAACGAAACUAAAUCAAAACACAAUAAAAUAACAGAGAAAAGAAUAUUCUAAUUCGACAGAUAUUGCCAAAAAAGGCCGUGAAAAAAACUAUUUUCGAAAAACAGAAAUUUAAAUAAUUCUUGUUACUACGUCGUUUUAAUUUAUCCAUACAUCUCAUAGUUCCAGAUUUGUUGUUGUUUGGAUUUGCUAGUACUAGUCCUUUGGAGUGUGUGUCCACCAAACAGAAAAGGAAGGAAGUACACAACAUUUGUCGUUGUUGGAGUGGGCAAGGAAGCAUCAAAGAGUUUCCGCGUCUGCUCACCUUGCAUUCUGGAGUAAAUAACGCUUGACGUCGUUAUUGCACUCUGGAAGCCGCAUAGGGUAAACAACACCCUCCCAAACCUAUUAUGUCAUCCAAGGAAGAAACUUCAACAGCAGCGGUAGCUCCGGCUACCACUGCUGCUACUGGUGGCAGUGCCACCGGUUUCUCGUAUGCAAAUGUUUUGCAAAAUGUCGAUGCCAAAAAGGCUGUUGCUGCUGCAGCUGCUGCUCCGGCACCAGUAGCCGAGGAUAAGGCUGUCGCGACAACCAAUAAUCGUGACGAAAAAGAAAAUCAGCCGGAACUUAAAACAAAUAAGUCCUGGUGUGAUGAUGUUGAACAGGAAGUCGUUUUGAGUCCUGCCACAGUAGCUGGUGAAAAACGUGCUGCCGUCAACACCGAUACGGCAGCAGAAAACUCUUCCGAAAUUGAUGACAAUGGAGAUUUUGUUCCUGUUGUUUCUAAUUCUCGUCGUGAUCGCAAAAAGGCUCGCAAAGAAAAACCCUCACGUGAUGGCCGCAAUGUUACUGGCAAUCAGGGUCAAGGUCAGGGUGGUCCAAAAUCUGGACCACGUCAACGUGGUGGCAAUGGUGGUACUGGUGGUGGCGCUGGUAAUGCCAACACUGACAAAGAUGGUGAACGAAAAUAUCCCCAAAGACAACGUCAACGAAAUGGCAGUCCACGCAAAUCAAAUGGUGGCCCCAAGGGAGGCCAGAAGGAACCACGCAAAGAUGCUUCACCCAGUGCUAGUGCUGAAAAUGCUAGCAGUGGUAAUGAAGCCAAGACCGGAGACGGUGAAACUCAAGCUCAAAACAAUGCCGCCGGUGGCAAUGCUGCUGCCGCCAAUCCUAAUCCACAGCCCAAAAAGUUUGUUGCUGCUCCUCCACCAAAGGUUAAUGCAUGGAAGAUAUCAAAACAACAAGCUUCAAGUCCCAAAACAAGUUCUUCGCCAUUGGACAAACGUGUCUUGCAACCCAAACAGCCUAAACAGCAGAAACAACCGCAACAACAACAACAGCAAGCACAGAAUCAAAACGAAAAACAACAACCGGCAACUAGCGAUACUACCAACCAAAACAAUACCAGCAGUUCCAAUACUACAGCGAACACAAACGCAGAGAAUCCAAAUAAGACACAGGCCAAUAAAGUUGAGUCUACAACCAUAGUCGUCUCGAAAAGUGAUGCGAAUGCUGCCGUGGUAAAGGACAAAAAGAAGGUUAACCAAAAAGCUAGUGAUUUUAGUAACGUUGGUGAUUGGCCAAUGUUAAUUGGUGGUAAACCAGCCGGUACCGAAACAAAACGUUCAAACAGAAAACAACGUUCCAACGCUCACAAAGAAGAAAACGCUGCCACGGUAAAAACUACCGAAGGCCAAAACUUAGUUGAUAGUCAACAACAGCAACAAUCGUCAUCGACAACUGCUAACAGUAGCAGCAACACUAACGAUAAGGUAGCUGCAACCACAUCGUCAUCAGCAUCCAGCACUAGUUCAAGUGCUGCCAAAGAAAACCAAGAUCCCAAAGCAACAACUAGCGGAACAGCAAACAACAAUGAAGCAUCUUCCAGUAAUGCCGGAAAUGGAAAUAAUGCCACCACAAACACAGCAAAUGGCAUCAACAAGAAGAUACCCAAGCAAAAAUGGAGACCUCUACAAAUCGAUUUGGCAAAAUCUAGUCGUUCCAAAUCAAUUGGUCGUCCCACCAGAAGAGGUAUCAAUUCCCAAUCACGCUACCAAGAUCGCAGCGGUGGCAACAAUCGCUCAGCCCAAACUACUGUCGGCGGCCACGAAGCUAACGCUGAAAGACGCUCAGCCAACAACAACAGCAGCAGCUCUGCCAACAAUGCAGAGUCUCAACGUGGCGGUGAACGCCACAACAAUGCUGUCAACAACAAAACAAAAUCUGGCAAUGUGGGUGAACGCAUUGAUUCCUGGCGUAGCGGCAGCGGCACCAAUCGGCAUGAACGUGACGGUGAAUACGAACAACGACCAGCCCGCAGCCAACGGCGGUACCGCACGGCCUACAGGGGCGGGCGCCAAGGCCGGGGUGGUGGCGGAUUCUCAAGAUCGGGACCAGGUCGUACGGCAAAUCGCAUACCACGCCAUCUGUUAGCCAAUGGCGAGUACGCAAGUUACCUACCGGCGGAUGCCGCCGGUGCAGAUCCCUCAUUUGUUCUUAUGGGUACCCAUUAUUAUGGUCCCAUGCCUGCUGCAUAUAUUGAAAUGGAUGCACAAAGCGUCAAAGAAGCUAUUAAAAAACAAGUUGAAUAUUAUUUUAGCGAAGAAAACCUUACCGGCGAUUUCUAUUUGCGCCGCAAAAUGGAUGACGAAGGCUGCAUCCCUGUCACCUUAAUCGCUUCGUUCCAUCGGGUUCUAGCUCUAACCACAGAUGUGGCUCUAAUCAUUACAGCCAUUAAGGAAUCCGAUAAAAUUGAACUUUUGGAGGGCUAUAAGGUGCGCACAAAGACAAAUCCCACCAUAUGGCCCAUUAAGGAAGCUGUGGAUACAGUUAGUAACCCACUUAAAUUGGCGGCAACUGCAGCUGCAAGUGGUGCUGCUGCUGGAAGUACGCCCGAAGCGUCCACCACCACCUCCACUACUACUGCUGCUGCUACCACCACUUCCCAAACUCAAGAUAAUGUAACGAGUCAAGCUAAUGCUAAACCUGCUGCUCAAGAAGCUACAAGCACUGAUACUACUGCUACUCCUGCAAAUAACAAUACCUCACCAAAUAUUAUCUAUGUUCCCGAAGUGCCUCUGCCACCGAUUUUAACCUCACCCAUGGCUACAAAGCCUUUGAGUUGUAUACCACCACCACCGGUGCCACGUAAUUCGCAAAAUCUGCUACCCACCAUUUUGAUGCAACAAGAGAGACAAACACCUGCCACCCCUGCAUUGAAUGCCAUCAGUGCUCUCACCAAAAAGGUGGAAGCUGCCGCGGCAGCUGAACAGCAAACGGCAACGGGUGGAGCUGUGGCUCAGUUGGCGGAUCAUUUGAGUGGUUUGGCUGAGAGUGUGACAACGGCUGUGAAAGCUCCAAACUCCACAUCGACUCCGGAAAAGAAGAAGACAGCGACCCCAGCAACGACUGAAGGCAAAGCACCAGCUGCUACCUCUGAGAGUGCUGAUUCAACCGCGAGUGCUGGCGAAGCUGCCGAUGGCAUGUGGAAAGAGGUAAAGAGACGCUCAAAAUCAAAUGCUUAUAAAGAUACUAAAUCAGCUACCACCAACUCGACACAAUCGUCAUCAUCACAAUUGCCACUCGCCAACACCUCUUCCGCAUCCACAUCAAACCAAUCCGCCACCAUGACCACCAAUACAAAAACCACUCCUACCAACUCCCUGAUUUCCACAAACAAAACAUCCUCCAAUGUCACUACAUCAAAUGCUUCCUCUGUCAACAACAACAACUCCACUUCCUCCACCACCAAUUCCACCGCCACUACCAUCAAAUCCUCCUCUACCUCCUCCAAAACAGCUGCAUUCUCUGCAAUCACCACAACCACCAGCGGUGGCCACCAGCCUGUCGAGAAGGAAGAAUUAGACUUCCAGUUUGAUGAAGAGCUUAUGGAUCCUAUACCUGCCUCUGGACGCGUCAACAACUUCACCGACCACUAUUCCGACGAUGAUGAAUCCGAUUACGAAUUUGCCGACCGUGAUAUUAACAAACUGCUGAUUGUCUCCCAAGUACACAGGGCUCCCAAACAUGAGGGUUACGAUCGCACUGCCGACUACACAUCGAGAACUAAAAUUACUCAGGACUUGGAGAAUGUGAUUAACGAUGGUCUGGUCAAUUACGAAGAAGACUUGUGGAUUACCUCAAACACGGCCAAGGAUUAUCGCACUGUAAAUUUGAUAUCCCAAGAAGAUUUUGAAAAAUUGGCCGGCAAUGCUGGUAGAUCACAACGUAACCAACAACCGCCGCCACCACCUCCACCCGCCUAUGACGAUGAAGACUCGACAUUGAAUACCACACUGAACUCCACACUGAAUUCCACAAUUAAGUCGCGUAGAGCCCGUUUCUAUGCCGCGCCCAAUAAUCAUUCGCUCGACUUGCGUACACCACGUAAACGCAAGACCCGCCAUUCAUCCAAUCCACCGGUAGAGGCUCACGUUGGUUGGUUGCUCGACACCGUUGAACACAGGCCACGUACCACAUCGAUGGGUUCGUCGGCGGGUACGUCGCCCACAACAUCGUCGUAUGGUUCAUCAGUACCUCAAUCGUUGCCCGUCUUCCAGCAUCCAUCACAUGCCCUACUCAAGGAGAACAAUUUCACGCAGCAAGCAUAUCAUAAGUAUCAUUCACGUUGCCUUAAAGAGAGACGUCGUCUGGGUUAUGGCCAAUCGCAAGAGAUGAACACAUUGUAUCGUUUCUGGUCAUUCUUUUUGCGUGAAAAUUUCAAUAAGACCAUGUACAAUGAAUUCCGCUCCUUGGCCUUGGAAGAUGCUAGCAACGGUUUCCGUUAUGGUUUGGAAUGUCUGUUCCGUUUCUAUUCGUACGGUUUGGAAAAGAAAUUCCGUCCUCAUAUCUAUGAAGACUUCCAGGAAGAAACAAUAGCCGAUUAUGAGAUUGGACAACUCUAUGGUCUCGAGAAAUUCUGGGCUUUCCUUAAAUACUAUAAAAAUGCCGAUAAAUUGGAAGUACAACCCACAUUGAAGGAAUAUUUGAAACGUUUCAAAACUAUUGAAGAUUUCCGUGUUGUCGAACCCGAAAUUAAUGAAAUGUUACAGGGUGUGGGCAGUUUGAAUCGUGGCCGUAAUUUCCAAAGACAUCGUAGUGUAUCGGAAAGUGAUGGUACCAAAGUCAUUGUGGCCGGUGGUAAUAAUCGUCGGCCCAAUACCACAAUUACCAAUCGUAGCGAUUAUGUGGGCAAUAGAGUACAACAGCAACAACAACAACAACAGCAUCAACAACAGCAACACAACCAAGGCGGUAAUAAUCGUAGACGCACUGGUUCCUUUGGCAGUACCACUGUACGUGUACGCAGUGGUUCACUGGGUAAUAAACCUCAAAUUGCCAAUCGCAAUUAUCACUAUGGCUCUCCCAAUGAGCUAAGGCGCAGCGGUGGUGGCAGUGGCAGUAAUUCCGGUCUAAAUCGUAACCAACGUCAACAGCAACAGCAAUUGCAACAACAGCAAAAACAGAAACAACAGCAACAACAAAAAGAUGCAGCUGCUGCGGCUUCUACCAAUAAACAACAAGCUUCGGCAGCAGCAGCACCAUCAACAUCAUCCUCGGAACAACAACAACAACAACCAGCCAAUAAAAAAUCAACGACAGCGUCUGUAGCGGCGGAUAAAUAAAAUUCAUUUGUUUUUACGUCUGCUAUUUUUAUUAUUAUUUUUAAUUUUUAUUAAACAAUAAUUUUAUUUCUUUCCUUUAUUCUAUAUUAAGUGCUAUUUUCUAUAUAAAGCAAAAACCAACACUAGUUUAUAUUCUAAAAAAAAUAUUUUUUAAACAUUUUUUUUUCUUCAAAUAAAAAUAAUUUCUAUUUUGGGUAUUUUCAAGAAAGCAAAACAAAAAAACCAAAUAAAAAAAUGUGAAGAAAUUAAAAAAAUCCUACCAAAAAAAUUUAUAAAAUUUUAAAAUCACAAAAAAAAAAAUACAAAAAUAAUGAUAAAUGAAUAAAUUUCUUUAUUAGAUUGUAGGCUUACAUUUGUCCAUUUGAUAAACGAAAAAGAAGUAAACAAAAAAUAGAAUAUUUUUUGCAGAAACGAUAUUUUUUCUUAAACAAAAAUCCCAACACCCAAAAUUGAAAGAACUUCUUGUACUAAUAAUUUUUGUAAUUUUUUCUCUUCUCUUCUUACUUACUUUCUGUUUAUAACUAUUAUUAUUUAUUGUUAAUAUCUUUUCUUUUGAAACAAAAAAAAAAACCUACUUGUCCUUUCAGCCCAAAAUUUGAAAAUGCUCAAAACCCAGAUCAUUAAAAACUAAAACUUUGUUGAUUUUUUUUUCUUUAUAUUUUUAUUACAACUAUUAUUUUUUUUUCGAACCAUUAUUGAUGUUAUAAAAAACACACACACAAACCUGAAAACAAAAACUCUCCAAAAAUAUUAUAUUUUUUAAAAUUAUAUUUGCUUAAAAGUGACUUUAUAUUUAAUUUCUUUUUUUGUAUAAAUUUAAAAUAUAUUAAAUAUUAAUAAAAGCCAUGGCAAAGCUACCAGGGACCGAGAAGAAAAAAAAACAAAAACAAACUGGAUUUGAAAUAUAUGUUUUUUUCGUACGAGAAAUUAUGGGCCUCCAAAAUAAUUCUCGUAUGGGCCAUUUUUGUAAGUUCUCGUAAAGGGAGAAAAGCAGUUACAAUUGCAUAUUUAUUCUUUAUAAAGGGGAGAAAUUGUCUAAAACCCACAGAAAAAUACCAAAUUAGCAAUUUUUUAAAUUAAAAUCAAAUGAAAAAAAAAACUAAAUAAAAUAUUUGUAACAAAUUCAUUGGGAAAUUAAAGAAAUGAAAUAAAGUUAAUAAUGUUUCUAGUGGGGAGGUGUUUUAAACAUUUCGAAGAAAUAAUCAUUGCGACAAAAUUAUAAAGAUACGUUUAAUUUUAAAUGGAUAUUAACUAUUAAAUAAACAUUUAAUAAAAGAAAAAAUCCAAAAUAUUUUUAAAUAACCACUAAAAUUUUAAUUAAAUAUUGAAAUCAUUUGUGACCCAUUUAAAAAAUGUUUAUUGAUUUGUUUUAUUCUAAAAACAUAAACCUAAAAUCUAUUUUUUUUUUUUUUUCAAUAAAGUUUUCUUUUAUAAAUCAAGGAUUUAUAGUUUUCUAAAACUUAAACAAAGCAUUUUCACAAAAUUUAAACAAAAUGUUUAUUCAAAAUUUAAAAAUUUUGAAUAUAUAGCAUUUUUUCAAAAUAACGUGUUUUUAAUUCUUCCUACCAAUUGGAACAUUUCUAAAAAAUUUUUUCAAAAAAUGAAAAAAGAAUAAGAAAUUUAUUUGCUUUCUUAGAGUGUCAGAUACAAAAAUUCGAUGGAUCAAAACAAAAUAUAUACCAUUUUUUUUUAAAGAACGCAUACAUAUUUUUAAUUAUUCCUACCAAUUAGAACAUUUCUAAAAAAUUAAAAAAAAUUUUUUUUUUGCUUUCUUGAAUAUUUUAAGAAAUCUACCAAAACAGAGUCUUAGAAAAUCCUAUUAAUUAUCAAAUAAUUUUGUCAAUUUUUAAUUACUUUUUGUUAAAACAUUUAAAACUGCUCGAAAUGAUAAAAAAUUUAACACCCAUAGUUAAAAUUUAAGAUCUCACUGAAAAGAAAAUUUAAUUCAAAAAAAGGGGAAACAAAUUUAAACUCUAAUUUUGUUAUGGUAAACAUUCUCCCUUUCUUUUGUUUUUAAUGUACUGCUUUGCCCUUAUAUUUGCUUACAUGGCAUCAUUUUUAUUAGGUGGUUCCCGCUUUAAUUUCUUGUUUAGCUACAUUAUUUUUAUUAACAUUUAUUUUUCCUAUUAUUUUAAUUAAUUUAAAAAAAAUAUAUAUAUUAAAUAAAUUUAUAUAUUUUUUGUUUUUUUUUUUUAUUUAGCUUUAGCAAAACAAAUAUCAACAUUGAAUUACAGAUAUAAAAAAAAGAAAAAUAUCCUAAAUGAAACAAGAAGAAAUAUGACAAAAAUUAUUGCAAAAAAAAACAAAAA